UGCCACCGAACGGUCCCGUACGCGGGGCGGACAGUCGGCCCCGCACGCAGCUUGUAAAUGGAAGCAGCUCUGUCUGUAUGGGAGCCGUGUCCGGCCGCUCAUCCCGACAAUGAUCCCGGUUCUCUCGCAGACAUUCGUGGUUGUUGCGGCUGGUAACGCUGCUUGUGCCCGCACCAAUUGCCGCCCUGUUGUGCUGCCCCGCAUCCCCCGUUCGUGCCGUGCAGCUCCGCUCAGCUGUGCGCUCCCUGCUCCGCUCGGCGGGUCGUUGCUGUUCCGGUGGCUGUUCAGUACUGACUGCUGAGAAACGGAUCAGAAACGAGAAGAAGUUGGAUUCCAUGGGUUCCAAGAGGCGAAGAGCAACCUCGCCGUCCAGCAGCGUCAGCGGAGGAGACUUUGAUGAUGGCCACCACUCCACGAAUAUCCCGGGCCCCAGCAGGAAGAGAAGGAGGCUUUCCAAUCUCCCAACCGUGGAUCCUAUUGCUGUAUGUCAUGAACUUUACAACACCAUCAGAGAUUACAAAGAUGAACAGGGCCGGCUGCUUUGUGAGCUUUUCAUUAGAGCACCGAAACGAAGAAAUCAACCGGACUAUUAUGAAGUGGUUUCCCAGCCAAUUGAUUUAAUGAAGAUCCAACAAAAGCUGAAGAUGGAGGAAUACGAUGAUGUGAAUGUUCUGACUGCUGAUUUUCAGCUUCUCUUUAACAAUGCAAAGGCGUACUACAAGCCCGAUUCUCCUGAAUAUAAAGCUGCUUGCAAGUUAUGGGAGUUGUAUUUGCGCACAAAAAAUGAAUUUGUUCAAAAAGGAGAUGCUGAGGAGGAGGAUGAAGAUGAGGAAGGACAUGACAGUCAAGAACUAUCAUCUCCAGGUUACCUGAAGGAGAUUCUUGAACAGCUUCUGGAAGCUGUAGCUGUUGCCACAAAUCCAUCAGGACGUCUGAUAAGUGAACUGUUUCAGAAACUUCCUUCUAAAGUGCAAUAUCCUGAUUAUUAUGCAAUAAUAAAGGAGCCCAUAGAUCUUAAAACUAUUGCCCAAAGGAUUCAGAAUGGAACUUAUAAAAGCAUUCAUGCAAUGGCCAAGGAUAUAGAUCUUCUUGCAAAGAAUGCCAAAACCUACAAUGAGCCUGGAUCGCAAGUAUUCAAGGAUGCAAAUGCAAUUAAAAAAAUAUUUAAUAUGAAAAAGGCCGAAAUCGAGCACAGCGAACUGGCCAAGUCAAGUCUCCGUCUCAGGACGCCAUCAAAUUUGACUGCUUCCAAGCUGACAGGUCCUUCCUCACAGGGUAAAGGCAGUGUGAGUGAUGAGAGAAAUUCUUCUAACAAAUAUUUUCGUAACAAAAGAUCAGCCCAGGGGGAUCGUUUGUCAGCAAUAACCAUGGCACUGCAGUAUGGAUCAGAAAGCGAUGAGGAUGCUGCUUUGGCUGCUGCUGCUCGUUAUGAAGGAGAGUCUGAAGCUGAGAGUAUUACUUCCUUCAUGGACACUUCUAAUCCUCUCUAUCAGCUUUAUGAUACAGUUAGAAGUUGCCGAAAUAAUCAGGGGCAGCUAAUAUCUGAACCCUUUUUCCAGUUGCCCUCCAAGAAAAAGUAUCCUGAUUAUUACCAGCAAAUUAAAACACCUAUUUCAUUGCAGCAGAUCAGAGCCAAACUGAAGAACCAUGAGUAUGAAACAUUAGAUCAAUUGGAGGCUGACCUGAACUUAAUGUUUGAAAAUGCCAAGCGUUACAACGUCCCCAAUUCUGCCAUCUAUAAAAGAGUACUGAAAAUGCAGCAGGUUAUGCAGGCAAAGAAGAAGGAGCUGGCUCGGAGGGAUGACAUUGAGGAUGGGGACAGUAUGAUUUCUUCUGCUACAUCCGAUACUGGAAGCUCGAAAAGGAAAAGUAAAAAGAACCUGCGAAAGCAACGGAUGAAGAUCUUGUACAAUGCAGUUCUGGAAGCUCGAGAAUCAGGCACAGGCAGACGGCUCUGCGACCUGUUUAUGGUUAAGCCAUCCAAAAAGGACUAUCCAGAUUACUAUAAGAUUAUUUUAGAGCCUAUGGACUUGAAAAUGAUAGAACACAACAUCCGUAAUGAUAAGUAUGUAGGGGAAGAAGCCAUGAUUGACGAUAUGAAGCUCAUGUUCCGAAAUGCAAGGCAUUAUAACGAGGAAGGCUCCCAGGUUUACAAUGACGCCCAUAUGCUGGAAAAGAUCCUCAAAGAAAAAAGGAAAGAACUUGGACCACUGCCUGAAGAUGAUGAUGUUGCAUCCCCUAAACUAAAGCUAAGUAGAAAAAGUGGCAUUUCUCCCAAAAAAUCGAAAUAUAUGACCCCAAUGCAGCAGAAAUUGAACGAAGUGUAUGAAGCAGUUAAGAAUUACACGGACAAGCGAGGCAGGCGGCUGAGCGCCAUCUUCUUGCGGCUGCCAUCUCGCUCUGAGCUGCCCGACUACUACAUAACCAUUAAGAAACCAGUUGACAUGGAGAAGAUCAGAAGUCAUAUGAUGGCCAAUAAAUACCAGGAUAUCGAUUCCAUGGUAGAAGACUUUGUGAUGAUGUUCAACAAUGCUUGCACCUACAAUGAGCCAGAAUCUUUGAUUUAUAAAGAUGCCCUGGUCCUGCAUAAAGUUUUACUUGAAACUCGAAGAGAGAUAGAAGGAGAUGAGGAUUCUCAUGUGCCCAAUGUCACUUUGCUAAUUCAGGAACUUAUCCACAACCUUUUUGUGUCUGUAAUGAGCCACCAGGAUGAUGAGGGCAGAUGCUACAGCGAUUCCCUAGCUGAGAUUCCUGCUGUUGAUCCCAGCUUCCCAAAUAAACCUCCUCUGACUUUUGACAUCAUCCGAAAAAAUGUUGAAAAUAAUCGCUACAGACGAUUGGACUUGUUCCAGGAGAACAUGUUUGAGGUUCUGGAGAGGGCCAGGAGAAUGAACAGGACGGAUUCAGAGAUUUAUGAGGAUGCAGUUGAACUUCAGCAGUUCUUCAUUAAAAUUCGAGAUGAACUUUGUAAAAAUGGAGAGAUUCUUCUGUCACCUGCUCUGAGUUAUACCACCAAGCACCUUCACAAUGAUGUAGAAAAAGAGAAGAAGGAAAAGCUACCCAAAGAAAUAGAGGAGGAUAAACUCAAAAGAGAGGAGGAGAAAAGAGAAGCUGAAAAGAGUGAAGACUCUUCUGGCUCAGCUGGCCUGUCAAGUUUGCAUCGGACCUACAGCCAGGAUUGCAGCUUCAAGAACAGCAUGUACCACGUAGGAGACUAUGUCUACGUGGAGCCUGCUGAAGCCAACUUGCAACCUCACAUAGUCUGUAUUGAGAGGCUGUGGGAAGAUUCUGCUGGAGAGAAAUGGCUAUAUGGCUGUUGGUUUUAUCGACCAAAUGAAACAUUUCAUCUUGCAACAAGAAAGUUCUUGGAGAAAGAGGUUUUUAAAAGUGACUAUUAUAAUAAAGUUCCAGUUAGCAAAAUUUUGGGUAAAUGUGUGGUCAUGUUUGUUAAGGAAUAUUUUAAGUUGUGUCCUGAAAACUUUAGAGAUGAGGACGUGUAUGUCUGUGAGUCACGGUAUUCCGCCAAGACAAAAUCUUUUAAAAAGAUUAAACUGUGGACUAUGCCUGUGAGCUCUGUCAGAUUUGUCCCCCGAGAUGUGCCCCUGCCUGUGGUCCGUGUUGCUUCUGUAUUUGCUAACACAGACAAAGCAGAGGAGGAGAAGCACUCUGAUACAUUAGAUGACAGUAAGGUGGGAGAAAGCAUCCUUCAUCUUGAAAAGGACAAAGAAGAUGUUCCAGUAGAAAUGUCUAAUGGGGAACCUGGUUGCCAUUACUUUGAGCAGCUCUGUUACAAUGAUAUGUGGCUUAAGGUUGGGGACUGCGUCUUCAUAAAGUCGCAUGGAUUAGUGCGACCUCGGGUAGGAAGGAUUGAAAAGAUGUGGGUGCGAGAUGGAGCCGCGUAUUUCUUUGGUCCAAUCUUCAUCCACCCUGAAGAAACUGAACAUGAACCAACUAAAAUGUUCUACAAGAAGGAAGUGUUUCUGAGUAACCUGGAGGAGACCUGUCCUAUGUCUUGUAUUUUGGGCAAGUGUGCUGUUCUGUCAUUCAAGGACUUCCUCUGCUGCAGACCAACUGAGAUUUCUGAAAAUGAUGUUUUUCUUUGUGAGAGCCGCUACAACGAAAGCGACAAACAGAUGAAGAAAUUCAAGGGGCUCAAGAGAUUUUCACUCUCUGCAAAAGUUGUCGAUGAUGAAAUAUACUAUUUUAGAAAACCCAUAGUUCCUCAGAAGGAGCCAUCUCCACUGCUGGAGAAGAAAAUCCAACAGCUGGAAGCAAAAUUUGCUGAGUUGGAAGGAGGUGAUGAGGACAUGGAAGAGAUGGGAGAAGAGGAAGGUGAUAUCACUGAAACACCUUCCAUGCCUCAGCUUCAGACCCCGUUAUCUAGUGAACUGGAUAUCAUGCCUUAUACUCCACCGCAGUCCACUCCCAAGUCUGUUAAGGGCAGCACCAAGAAGGAGGGAUCAAAAAGGAAGAUCAACAUGAGUGGUUACAUCUUAUUUAGCAGUGAGAUGAGAGCUGUUAUUAAAGCUCAGCACCCAGACUACUCCUUUGGAGAGCUCAGCAGGCUUGUAGGAACUGAAUGGAGAAACCUGGAAGCAACAAAGAAAGCAGAAUAUGAAGAGCGGGCAGCUAAAGUUGCUGAGCAGCAGGAGAGAGAGCGAGCAGCACAGCAGCAGAAUCCCUCCCCCCGGGCAGGCACUCCUGUCGGGGCUCUUAUGGGGGUGGUGCCGCCACCAACACCAAUGGGGAUGCUCAAUCAGCAGUUGACACCCGUUGCAGGCAUGAUAAGUGGCUAUCCACCGGUGCUGCCACCUUUGCAGGGCCCAGUUGAUGGCAUUGUUAGCAUGGGCAGCAUGCAGCCACUUCACCCAGGGGUGCCCCCACCCCACCAACUCCCGCCAGGUAUGCCAGGCAUCCCAGGCAUCCCGCCGCCCGGUGUUAUAGGCCAAAAUGUGUCCCCCAUGGUAGGCACUCCAGCCCCCGGCGCAGGUCCCUUUGGACAGCAGAUAGGAAUCCUUGGCCCUCCAGGACAGCAGGCACCCCCCCCUUAUCCUGGCCAGAGCCCCGCGACUCAGCCUGUCAUGCAGCAGCCCUCAACUCCCAUGUUCGUCUCCCCUCCACCAAAGACACAGAGGCUUCUUCAUUCCGAAGCCUAUCUGAAGUACAUCGAGGGGCUCAGUGCUGAAUCAAACAGUAUUAGCAAGUGGGACCAGACCCUUGCAGCUCGAAGACGAGAUGUGCACUUGUCCAAAGAGCAGGAGAGCCGCCUCCCGUCGCACUGGCUGAAGAGCAAAGGGGCUCACACCACCAUGGCCGAUGCUUUGUGGCGCCUGCGAGACUUGAUGCUGAGAGACACCCUGAACAUCCGCCAGGCGUACAACAUAGAAAACGUUUAGUCGCAUUACUGCUUCUUUCUUUGAUACUGGCAUAUAGAGUUUUGUGGAACAAUAGCUGUUUUAGUUACUGGGUGGGGAGAGAUAACCAACAAUAAUUUGUAUUGCAUUUUACUGUACAUUGCGAGACCAUUUUUAUAUAAGGACACUUUUAAUAAGCAUAUUUCACUUUUUGUUAUAUUAAGUUGACUUUAUCAAAUACACAGAUUUUUGCAUAUGCUUC